AUGAGUGACAUCGCGCAAGCUACCAAUGCCGAUCAAAAUAAAAGCAAGACUACUCCUCAGGCGCAGGGUGUGGCACCAUAUGGUCCUUUGAUUGAGAACCUCAACCGCGACGAGGUGGCUCAGUUAAUCGCCGAAGAUGUGAAUAUACGCAAAGAAGUGGACAUAAAAUCGCUCCUGACGUACCUCUUGGGAAGGAUUCGCCUCGACAAAGAGUUUCCUCCGGACGACUCGGAGCUGCUGGAAGAGCUGCUGAACAAGAUUGAAGCCAAGUGCAUUAACCGGUCAAAAGCAGAAACACACUCGAAGACGGAAACGAAAAAGUCGGAAUGGAAUCCGUCGAGCUCGGAACUGAUUGGUCUUCACACGAAAUUUACCGCAUCCAAGAAAACAGAAGCAGAGUCAUAUGGGCCUUGGAUUCGGAUGACUAACAUCGCUCUGGCGAUGCUCAAGACAGUGGAGCUCGAUUUGGUGGAAAUAAAGUCGAUCUCUCACGACAUUAUAUCCAUUAGAAAUGAUCCAAAAACCCUUGAAUACAAUCACAACGGCGCAAGCGUCAUACGGAAACCUGAUACAAUUCUUAUCGAUAAAUCUGUGGCGCAAAAGGUUUAUCUACCUCAAGAUGAAACCACGCCAGCAGAUUGGAACAAGAUAGCUGCGAAAAUUGAGUUAGAAGAGGAAAAAUCAAAGAAGCCUCGUACCGCUAAGCGAGGCUGGGAAGACGUGUAUUACUGCUGCGAGCACAAGAGAGCAGCUCCUAUGAUUCGGCGUGUUGGACUGGGGAUCUCGUAUCUUAGUCAGAGUAGUGGUUCAGCAAAGCGACCACUAGGCCAGGAGAGCCCCGACAUUCAGAGGAGCCGUAAAGCCGCUAAGAAGAGCAGUACUUCAUCACCUGGGCAAUCCUCCACCCCUCUCUCGUACAGUAUGGCAAUGCCAUCUGAUGCUACGAGCCUAUCUGGAUCAGAGAAUACCACUAGCAAGUUCGAUGACACAUUCAACCAGGCCACAGAAUACGCCAUCGCACGACUUGGCGCGUUUCAGGCGGUAACGCACGCAAUUGGCUCUGUACGAGAAGGUAAUCUUUUCACAAUCCAAUGGUACGACCUGCAAGGGGUCGUCUCCACCUACCCAAUAGAUAUCUAUGAUAUCGCCAAUCUUCCCCUCUAUUUAGCAUUCCUUUUCAUUGUCCAACGGUUCGACACAGCUGAUUGGGGCAUGCAUCCAGACUUUCUAUCAAAUCCCAAUGGAGAUACAGUUAUUACUGUCGAUGGCAAGAAGUUUGAACUUGGAAAGAAAGUUCUGCACAAACAAUGGGGCAUCAAGGGGCGCUCCACCUCGGUUAUCGACUGUGUCGAGGUCGGUAAACCAGCAACUAGAUGCGUCAUCAAAGUAGCCUUCCCCGAAGAGACUCGCCACCUCGAGCACAAUCUCAUUGAUGAGGCAAAACGCAGAGGAGCCGGGGACCCCCGUGUUGAGGGCCAUAUUCCAGAGUAUGUAGCAUACAGAGAAUACAAGGAGACCUCGACUUCCAAAAUCCGUCGCUUUCUCAAACUUCCCUCCACCGGCUCGAGGAGAUUGUACUCAAUCGUCCUCAUCAAAUUCGAUGGUAUGAUAAGAGAGUUGGAAGGAAACCAGUACUGGCAUGUGUGGUGGGACUGCUUCGACUGCCACUUUGCGCUUUGGAAGGCUGGCUUUCGCCACAGGGACAUUAGUGACAGCAACCUUAUGUACAAGAAGACGACAGACUCCGGAAAGGUCGUUGGAGUCCUGUCAGAUUUUGACCUCUCGUCAUUGGAAACCGACGAGGGACGCAACACCGGGCGCACUGGCACAUUUCCGUUCAUGGCACGCGACUUGCUGACUCCAGAGGGAUUAGAGGGAAAGAUACGGCACGAAUACAAGCAUGACGCGGAAGCAUUUUUCUGGGUCGUAUAUAUGAAUACUGCACUCUAUCCAGCCAAAGAGCGCCAUUCCGACAAUGCUCAUGUCAAGCAACUGAUUGAAUGCAUGACUGGAAGGGUUCCCGCUAUCAACUUGCUUCAGUUCAAGAGGUCCUAUAUAGCCUACCCAAGCGAUCAUAUUGCCACGCCAUCGCAACGAGUUUGCUGGACAGGGUUUCGCCGAGUAGCCAAAAUUUGGAAGGACCUAGAUCCCGACGAGUAUUCAGAAGAGAUACCUACUACCUCCGCAGCGGAUAUACCAAGGGAAUUGUACAGGCUACAUGCCGAAGUUCGGCAGUCACAUGAAGCCAACUAUCCAGAGCUUGGCGAUGCUGGACGUCACGGCAGCUUAUGA